CGCGCCAGCAGCAAGAUGUUCAUCGGCGGCCUCAACUGGGACACGACCGACGACACGCUCAAGGCCUACUUCGAGCAGUACGGCCGCAUAACAAACUGCAUGAUCAUGCGCGACAUGGAAACCGGUCGUUCGCGCGGCUUUGGCUUUCUCACGUUCGAGGACGUCAGCUCGGUCAACGCCGUCAUGGCGCGCGAGCACCACCUCGACGGCAAGACGAUCGACCCGAAGCGCGCCAUCCCUCGCUCCGACACGGCCAAGACGGACAAGCUCUUUGUGCGCGCCCUCCCGCCGUCGUGCACCCAGGAGUCGUUCCGCGCCUACUGGCGCCAGUACGGCACGAUCACCGACGCGACGCUCAUGAUGGACAAGGACACGGGCCGGCACCGCGGCUUCGGGUUCGUCAACUACGAGCGCCGCGAGGACGUCGACAAGGUGCUCCAGGCCGGCCCGCACUACAUGGACGGCCAGAUGGUGCGUCGCGCUCUCUCUCUCUUUCUCUCUCUCUUUCUUUCCUCGGUCUCGUCGGCGAGCGACUGA